GUUUCGGAAUCUCGCUUUUGCUGGCGUUUGAGCGGCGUCUCGCGCGCGUUUCCUGCUCGCGGGAGUGGACGAGGCAAAGCACGAAUCAUGUCGUUUUCUUACCAGGAUUCAUUUAACACAAGUAAUAACCAGUUCUCUGGCGACUCAAGACAAGCGGCGCCCGCUUACUCUUCGGAGAGGCCUACGGAUGGUUACAAUUACAACACCGCCGGAUACGGUUAUGGACAAGCAGAUAACGCCUCCGCAAACACAGGUGCCAUGGGCCCUGCAGGUUCAGGUGCACAAAACAGCUCAACUGCAGCCAACCUCUUAAUGCAGGUGGUCAACAUGCUGAAGUCUGAUGGGACACCAGCCGAUCAGUCUGCCACCUCUGCCUACCCCACCCAGCACACCGGGGCUGAUUCCUCUAACUACGGGUAUGGGCAGACCAGCCAGUAUGGGCAGACGGAGCAGUACGGCCAGUACGGAACGCAGCAGCAACAGCCGCAACAACAGGAGCAGUUUACACAAUCUGGCCAGUAUGGGACACAGCAGGGCCAGUAUGGCCAGCAGCAGAGCAGUUUUGGCCAAUCGCAGCAGUCUCAGCAGCAGGUGCAGCAGCAAGUGCAGCAGCAGCAGGAUUAUGGGGCUUCAAGCUUCUCGUCUGGCCCCAGCGAUCGCGAGAGCCCCAGCAGAGGUGGCCGAGGUGCCAUCCGCGGGAUGACCGGGGGCAACGGUGGCAGUGGAGGAGGCCGCGUUGGGCUGGGCGGUCGAGGAGGGGGGUCCGGCCGGGGUGCGGGCGGCCGUGGCGGCCCCGGCAGAGGCAAGUCUGGCUGGUGGGGCCCACCGGGCGGCCAGGGCGGCUGGGCCAACGAAGGCCCCGAGUGGCCGGGCCAGGGUGGCGGAGGAGGAGGUGGAUGGUGGGGGGGCCCGCCCUGCCAGGGGGGGUGGCAAGGUCCCUACGGCCGGGGGUUCCACCCUGGCAGGCGCGGGGGGCCGCCGACGCCGCCGGGCCCCCCUUUCCGUGGCGGCCCUCGCGGGAUGUGGCCCCCGCCUCCCGGGAUGUUAAACCCCCGCGGGGGGAGAGGGUUCGGAUUUAACCCCUUCCCGGGCCGUCCCUUUCCACAGAGGGGAGGCAUGCCCUGGAUGAUGAAUCCAGCAUUGAAGAGGAAGAACUUCAACCAAGGCGGUACCAAAAAGAAGGCGGCUAAGCACGAUAAGGACAAGACAAAGAAAAAAGACAGCAAGGUCAAAAUGAUGGAGAAAACAAGCAAGAGACUCAAGUACUACUGCUCGCUGUGCAAGUACUCAAGCAGCAACGAGGAGGAGAUCACCAAGCAUCUGGAGGGUGAGGAGCAUGAGAAGGUGCUCGCCAUCGUCCAGAAGCACUUCCCCGAGGACAAGUUCGUGGCGCCGUUCCUGCAGGCGAAUUUGUUCAGAAAGGUGAAGAAAACUACCGCUGGCAGGAAGGCUUGGGAGGAGGCCAACAGCGCUCCAUUCAAUUUCAAGGAUCCCUUGGAUGGGAUCGAGCUGUCUGACUGCAUGCGCAAGGCCACCGUGGUGCAAUGCUUGGCCUGCAAGAUGUUCAUCCCUCUGGCUCGGGGCCCCGUCAUAAGCCACAUGCAGUCCAUGAUGCACAUCGAGGCGGAGCAGGGCUACACCGAGGUGAGCGAGCGGCACAUGGUGCACGUUGCACGCUCGGUCGUCACGAGCCAGAAGAACGCCAUCUACUACGAGCGCUUCAAGAAGGGCGAAGACCCCUUCGUGGACGAAGACGUGAGCAAGGAUGACGACGACGACGAGGCGGAGGCCGGGCACGGCGACGAGGGCGACGAGAGCCACAUGGAGGAGGGCGGCGAGGAGGAGGAGGGGGGGGCGGCCACCGAGGAGGACGGCGCCGCUGCGGGGGAGCCCGGCGAACACCAGCAAGGAGGCGCGAACGAGGAAGAAGCGGGGGAGAAGGUAGAGGGGCCCGGCGGCGGCGACGACGACGAGGAGGUGGCGGAAGGCUUUGCCCUCGAGGGCUUUACCGAGGGGGACCCAGGGGAGAACGGAGCGGAGGGGGCCAGCGCCAUGGAGGGGCAGGACGAGGGGAAUGAGUAAGGGGAGAGUGGGAGGGGGGGGCGGCGCGCGCUCGCGGUGGGGGGGGGCGGGGUGCUGGGAGCUGCCCACAAGUAGUUGGGGGGGGGGGGGGGGUGUUGCACAGAGUUGGUUGAAACUUUACAAGAAUAAACCGAGCGUGCAGGUUUUUUUUGCCUCGCCACUUUGUUAACACUGGCGUGGCGUUCCCGGGGUCGGCCGCGUGCCGAGCGUUUGUUCUCGCGAGCUUUCGUCGCCGCCGCCGCGGGCGUUAAAAGUGGUAAAGUUACUUGGCCAUGCCCACAGUAGUGGCGCGGUGGUGUAAAGCUCGAGAGAGGAGACGGGCAACACGUGGCCUUGUCCAGAAGGCUUGUAUACUUUAAAAGAGUACGUCUGUGGCCGAGUGACCGAGUGCAGUUGUGGCAGUCGUGAGGGGGAGGGCGUGCGUACGUUCGUUGCGUUGGACCAUUUCUCGUUUAGCGAUCGCCUCGGAAAGCGGCAGUUAUGUCAGGCAGUCUGUCAACUAUGUCUUCCCUCGCCCCUCGUAUUUAAGCUUCAAAGCGUGGGGGGUGGGGGGGGAGGAGCUCCAUGAAUAAGCGUUGUACGGUCACAACCGUGGCGACGCCACUUCCUCCGCAGCACGUGGCAGCCGUGUGUGUGUGUGUGCGCUGCCCUCCGGCCGCAAGCGUCCGCCCCGUCCUUCCUCCCCGUGCAGUUCUCACAAUGUGGUUGUUGGUGUUUUUGGCAAGUAAAGCUUCCACCUAUUUUCAGUGGGGCUCUCUCGUCUGAGAAAACGUAGGUGUUUCUAUCGCCGUGUAUUGCAGGUGUACGGCCGGCUAGCUUCUUUGUUUUUCAUGUUUCUCGUGAUACCCCGAAGGACCCCGUGAUGGGAGAUUGUGCAGCAUCAUUUACGCGCAACGCACGUGUCCGUGGCGAUGUGUGAUCGCCGUCAGUUUUUUUGUGAAAAUCGGGAAAAGGCAUAGAAAGUGAAACCUUUUGAUUGACGUUCGUAAAGUCCAUCUUUUAAAAUAUUUAAGUGACGGAGGAUGUAAUGCCACCCAAAGGAAGGUUUAUUAAAAAGGACAAGGUUUUUUGUUACUUGGUCUGAGGCCGUUGCUUAGAGAGCCAUUUUUAAACGCAAGUGUGUGAAUUAAGCGCCCUUGAUUGUGCAGCUGUUCCAACCGAGGGCUGUUUUCCCCUGUUGUUACUUUUCAUUCAACUCUUGAUAGAUAUGAUUGCAUUUUUUUAAUAUAAAAGCAUUUCCCAUCUUCCAUUUGACUUUUCAUUCGGUAUGUGCUGGGUCCGAGUCACUUUGUACAAUUUUAAGUUUCGCCCCAAAGGGUUAUUUUUUGCUUGCUGGGAAUUAUGAAGUUUUUUUUUAUUAGUACAUUUUUUUUAGCUUUUCACACCACGCUUAAACAAAUGCUUCCACUCCCAACUGAGCCUGAAAUGGGGGAGGUCGAAUUGUCCGAAAUAAAAUGUAAUUCAUAUACACAGCGGAGAGGCGACAGUCGUUAUUUGCCUGGUGUUUUUGUGGAGACUGCCAUAUUUACCUGGCUUUACCCCCCCCUGCCCCCCCCCCCCCCAUUUGCCGUUUUAAUUGCAAGUGUCACGUGGUAGUUUUAAAUGAAUUUGUAAAUGUCUGAUGAUUAACUGUGUUUAGUUUUUGCAGAUUUCCCAUCCCAAGGUUAAAAUAACAAUAAAAACUGAAAAAUCUAA